CUUCAGUGUACGGUACAAAUGCAGGGCUGGAUCUCGCUACCGCGUUGCGGUUAGCCCAGAUCCACACGCACCUGCAUUCGGCACCGUUUGAUGUCGACGAUCUGAUUCUACCUAGGCACUCGAACCCCGAUAUCGACAUGAAUCAAUGCAAGCCUUUCUUUUGAUACCAUUCAGGUGUUUCGGAGAAUCUGUACCCCGCACAGUCCACGAUUGCGUCCUAGCGAUCUAGUCUCACGACACAGGCAGUUACACGAUGGUCAAAAGCAAAAAUGCUUGCAAACACGAAAGGCAUAAGCGCCGUCAAGAGAUGUCUAGACAAAGGUUCCGCAUAAACAACGCAUUCGAAUGGAGGACACUGCGGAAGUCGGCAAGGCAUCAUAUCGCACGAGAUCGCGCGACGCGGCUAUGGAUCUAUCCUUGGAUCACAGCUCCAACAGGUCGCUUCAAACGUCACUAUUCGGAAGCCAGUCUUCUUGGUCUCCCUACAGAGCUUCGCCAAAAAGUACUCUACAAAGCCUUCGAUAUGACGGAGCUGAGCGACAUGGUCAAGCAACCGGGGAGGAAGGGAAAGAAACUGGCUACUCAGACUAAAGCGAUAGAGCAUGAACUGAGACAGCGACGAGAGAAAUCACUGGGUAUACGCGUGUCGCAGUUUGAGAGCGACUCCAUCACGAUGCUACAUCGGCGUAUUGGCGACUUCUGCUGUGUGUCGCAACUCAUACAAACAGACAUGGAGUAUGUGGGGAAGCUAUGGAAGAGAGGUCUCGACGAGCGGCUCGAAUGGCAGUUCCUGGCACCGCUUGGACUACCGAAAGACCCUGUGGUGGGCGACAGUAGAGGACGCUUGAUAAAUCAAACAGGAAUGGCCCGCAACUCGAAACGACUAGAAGGAAAAGUAGUCAAAGUGAAGAGAUCUGGAAAGCACGCUGGACGGCCUCCAAAGUGUUGGAGGUGUGAGGAAAGGCACUUUGAUGGCGACCUAGUCUGUCCGAUGGCCAGAUACAACCCGGAGCAAUGGCAGCAGUUGUCGAAGAAGAUGGGAGGCUGGAGGAGCGCGAUACAGCCAUGUUCCCUUUUCCGAGCGACGAAAAUAUUGUUUGCUGACGACUAGGAAUCAAAAUAUUCAACUAGAAGUGGAGAAUCACUCUGAGGACUGCACCAUGCCAAAAUGUCUUGUGGAACCACUUUGUUGUUGAGUGUAGCCAUCGAGACCCAUACACCAGGUGAAAGGACUUCUGUCUGCAGCUUCACCAGAGUUGAGCCUUUCUCAAGAUACAAUAGCGCUUGAUUGGCAAUCGCCGUGCACAAGAAUUGUCUGUUGUAGGGCUUUGCUUCCGUCUCUCCCUUUCUCGUCAAAUUCUUUACUCACAUCUAAUCUUCGCUCCUCUAAUCCAAUCACAAAGGCACUUUCAAAAUGCUUCCAA